UUUGUUAAGGGGGCUUGUGCCUGCAGUGUUGUAUGACUCGGUGACUCAGUCCCCACCCAUCCUUGUACCACAUAUGCAGACCUUGACCUCAUGCUUCUCCUUGUUCUUCUUUAACUUGUUAUCUUUAAAGCUUGAACCUUUUUCCUGCCAAGCAUCUUCUUUUACCUAUUACUGAACUUUUCUGGAGAGUUGUAAUACACUCCUCCUUGUCUUGCUUUACCUAAACAAUCAUUCCACUGUUGAAGUUUUGUGGGUUUUUUAAUUAAGAGGAUGAGUGCUUCAAAGUUCAUUAAAUGUGUUACAGUUGGAGAUGGAGCUGUUGGCAAGACUUGUAUGCUUAUUUGUUACACCAGCAACAAGUUCCCAACUGAUUAUAUACCCACCGUUUUUGACAAUUUCAGUGCUAAUGUGGCUGUGGAUGGGAACAUUGUCAAUUUGGGAUUGUGGGAUACUGCAGGUCAGGAAGAUUAUAGCAGACUGAGGCCACUGAGUUACAGAGGUGCAGAUAUAUUUGUUUUGGCUUUCUCAUUAAUUAGCAGAGCAAGUUAUGAAAAUGUUCUCAAGAAGUGGAUGCCUGAACUUCGUCGGUUUGCACCAAAUGUUCCAAUUAUUCUUGUUGGUACAAAAUUAGAUCUUCGUGAAGACAGGGGAUAUCUAGCUGAUCAUACGAGUUCUAAUGUCAUUACAUCUGCUCAAGGAUAGGAGCUGAGGAAGCAGAUUGGUGCAGCAGCAUAUAUUGAAUGUAGCUCUAAGACUCAACAGAAUGUCAAAGCUAUUUUUGAUACUGCUAUCAAGGUUGUUCUUCAACCUCCAAGGAGGAAAGAGAUGGAAAAGAAGAAAAGGCGCCGCAGUUCUGGUCGCGCAAUUGCGAGCAUCAUGUGUGGAGGUUGUGUUGCUUAGGGGCUCAGUGACAGCAGAUGGUUAGCCUAAUCCUACUUUUGACUGCAUCAAACAAUGUUGUGCAAAAGACUUGGGAUAUUGGUCAAGUGUUGAUUCAUGACAGCCAGUGACAUGUAUGCUUUUGUUCGCGUUGUAGCCUCAGUAACCAGGUCUGAACUAUGGGAAAGUGUUUGUCAACUUACAGACUGAUUGAAAGCUCAGAGGGAAUUGUUCAUUCUCUCUUCUCCUGUACUUGUUCAAAAAGUAAAUCGAGUUCUAUUGUUGUAUUUGGUAAAGUAUAAUAACUUGUUUGCUGCUAGUUGCUAAUACAAUAUUGUGAAUUCCUUAA